AUGGGUAUAUCUAACAAGGAUUGCCGGCUUGGAAUCGGAGAUUUUAAGGUAGAAGUGAUUGAAUUGCACCUACUUGACCUUUGUGGUCAAUUUGGCAUUCAAUCCAGAAGUGGCCAAGAAUCUAUCCCAGUCACCGUGUUGGCAUCCAGACACGAAAUGAGAUUCCGGUUAGACCCCUUCCCAACAUUUCUAGUGACUUGA